ACACUUGGCAUAAGAAGACCAACCCUUAAAAAAGCUUGCCCCAAAUCCUUCUAUUUUGAUUAUUACACUUUGAACACCCAAAAAACAAUGGAGGAGGAAACAAAGAACUUCUUCAAAGCAUGGUUAGUUGUAUUUAUAUCUUUAUCUUACACUUAUUUUAUAUCCUCUAAGAUCCCAAAAGGCAUUUUUCGUUUCAUUUCUCUCAUACCCAUUUUUUAUCAAUUCAUCCUCCUCCCACUUUCUAUUUAUAGACCAAUCCCAAGUGUCAUCCUUAGUGGUUUCAUCACAUGGAUUGCCAACUCAAAACUUUUAUUGUACACCUUCAAUCUUGGCCCUUUAUCAACUUAUCAAUCACAAUCAUCAUUCCUUAGAUUUAUCAUUUUUGGUGCUUUUCCCAUCAAAAUCAAAGAAAAUACAUCAAAAGAUCAAAAGGGUAGUUUAGGACAUCCACCAAAGAAUGUAUUGCCCUUAAAUUUUUGGUCAAAAACUAUCAUAUUUAUUAUAUUUUAUUAUUAUUAUAUUUACCAUCACAAAAAGAAUAUGAUUAUUCUUGCUUGUUUAUUAUAUUUGUUCAUUGAUAUUGUUUUAAGUUUCUGUCAUUCCUUUGUGGGCUCCACACUAGGGUUAGAGCUUGAUCCACCAUUUGAUGAGCCUUACAUAUCUACAUCAUUGCAAGAUUUUUGGGGGAAUAGAUGGAACCUCAUGAUAUCAGAUGCACUACGUCACACCGUAUACUUUCCGGUAAAGUUAACGGCGGUCAAACUUGUAGGUCGUAUGUGGGCCCCAUCAAUUGCUGUCAUGGCAUGCUUUGUCGUUUCUGGUUUGAUGCAUGAGGUUAUCUAUUAUAACGUGACACGUGUCCCACCCACGUGGGAGGUCACGUGGUUCUUUAUCAUGCAUGGAGUAUGUGUUCUUUUGGAGAUGGCAGUGAAGAGAAAUUUGGGCCCGGAAUGGAGAUUACAUUGGGCUAUCUCUGGCCCAUUAACUGUCGGGUUUGUAAUGGGUACCGGGUUUUGGCUCUUCUUUCCACCAUUAAUUAGGAAUCAUGUAGAUGUGAAAGCAAUUGAUGAUAUCAUGGAGUUUGGAAUAUGUUUAAAAGAAGUGAUAAUG